ACGAGUACGGGUGUUGCUCUAGUUAGCUAGCAGUUCGUGGUCAUUUGCUACUCUAAGUUGUUAACAUGUUUGUUUGAGCAGGGUCGCGUUAGUCAGACAUUUUUAAAGCACAACUUUCAUUUAUAAUAACGUUUGAUUCUGUGUCCGUGUGUGUGUACGUGUGCGUAUGCUUCGCUCCAGUGACUCGCUUCUAGGGGACUCUCAUUGGGUGAUGGCGCCCCUGUGUGGCUAUUAGUUGAAAUUGCACCCACUCUUGACCAUGACGUGUGAUUGUGGGUGUGUAUGUGUUAUAUGUUCAUUUGUAGAUGUUGUGUGUGUGUGUGUGACAUGUUGAUUCAGGAGUGGAGCAGGUAGCAACAAGUACUGACACAAUGGAUACACAACAGAAUGUAACAAUUCUAAGGGAGGGAUUCCUUGUAAAAAGGGGUCAUCUGGUACACAACUGGAAGGCCCGCUGGUUCGUGCUGACGCCAGACAAGCUGAUCUACUACAAGUACGAGGGCGGCAAAAGAGACUCGUGCCAGCGAGGAAAGAUCAUGAUGAAGGGUUGUGUCGUCACGUGUCCCUUCCUCGAGUACGACAAUCGACCGCUGGUGUUCAGGCUGCAGACCAGGAACGGUGUGGAUCACUUCCUGGAGGCGUGCUCCCGGGAGGAGCGAGAUGAGUGGGCGGCCGACAUCACGGCGGCCGUGGACAAGCUGGGUGGGGAAGAAGGAGGCGAGCAGUGGACGCCCGACGUCUCUCAGCCGCACAACAUCAACCUGAGCAAAGUCCUGGAGUCCAUGUACGACCUUCACAGCGGAAUUAACAUGAGCAACCACGUGGAGCAAGGACGCACCUACAGCAACUGUUUCUCAGGCUCAGCGGUGGUGGACUGGCUGGUGUUCAUGCAGCUGGUUCUGACCCGCGCCGAGGCGGUGACGCUGGCCUCUGCCCUGCUGGAGGAGGGCUUCCUGAGGACCAUCGGCCUGAGGAGCGUGGAGGCUCUGCGCACCGCCGGCCUCGGCGAGCAGUUCAUGGACGACUCCACGGCGCUCUACAGCUUCUCAGACACGUUGAAGAAGAGAGGCAGCGUGAAGGCCCAGACGUCGCUGUCUGCGGUGGAGCUGAGCGGUCAAGUCAUCAAGAGAGGUUACCUGCUCAAGCAGGGACACAGGAGGAAAAACUGGAAGAUUCGACUCUUCGUGCUGCGCUCGCAGCCGUCUUUCCUUCACUACUACGACCCCACCAAGGACGACGUCAGCCCCGUCGGAGGAUUUGCUCUCCGAGGCUCACUGGUCUCCUCGCUGGAUGACAACGGCGUUCCCUCGGGUGCGAGUGAAAGGCAACAUUCAAGGCAACCUGUUCAAGGUCAUCACGCAGUCAGACAGGCACUACUUCAUCCAGGCUCCCAGCCACCAGGAGAAGAUGGAGUGGAUUGACGCCAUCCGGGAGCACACAUAGGCGCCACUUUGGGAGCUGCGGCGUAUCCUCCCUCGCUGGGGUGCGCGACACAUCCAUCGCGACAUGCUUCAUCGUGCUUCUGUGUCCUUUUUUCAACGUUUUUGAUAUGAAACCUAACAUUUCGCUGGCAUUGCGCUCUCGGCUUGACAAGUCAGAGCAAGAGCAGCCUCGGGCGCCUCUUUGUUGCUUCACAGCCACAAAUAGCAAGCAAAGACAAAUUUAGUUGGAAUAUUGCAAGACAAAAUCUCAUAAGAAGAAGAAUAGGAAUUUAGGAAGGAUAUUAUGUGCUGAUAAAAUCCUGCUUUUAUGUGAAUAAACACAUGAGAUUACGAGCAUUUAAGAGAGAAAAAACAUUUCAGGAGAUGGCUCAUUUAGGCCAGGGGUCACCAAGGUGGUGCCCGUGGGCACCAGGUAGCCCCCCACGACCACAUGAGGUGCCCGCAAGCCUGCUUUUCAUUCAGGUUUUCAGCUAAUCAUGAAAGAACAGCAGAAAGAAAAGUAUUGUGAAACAUAAGAUGUGAGUCGUGGACACCAGCAUUUUGUUCAUGUUCUGGUAAAACAAGCAUAUUUGAUCUGUUUCUACAAAAACGAGUAGCUCGUGGCCAUUUUCAUUUUCUAAAAGUAGCUCUCACAAGAAAAAACCUUGGGUGACCCCUGAUUUAGGCCAACUAGGUCAGAAUAUUACUAGAAUGAGAAUGGGAAUAAAGUCCAAAUGUUAUACUUGAUAGGGAAUAUUAUGUUGUUAUACGAGAAUAAGGUGGGAAUAUUUCAAGAUUCAUGUUGGAAUAUUACAAGAAAAAAGUCAUUAAAAUGGUCAUUUUAUGAGAAGAAACUGAAAAUACUUUAGGAAGGAUAUUAUGUGGUAAGAAAAUCCUGUUUUUAUGGGAAUAAACGCAUGAGAUUCUCAGCAUUUAUGAGAGAAAAAAAUCAUUUUGGGAGAUGGAUCAUUUUAUGACAAUGAAGCAGGAAUAUUACUGGAAAAAGAUGCAAUUUUAUGAGAAUAAAGUCCAAACAUGACCGUUUACAGGGAAUAUUAUGAGGGAAAUCUUUGUCGUUAUACGAGAAUAAAGUGGGAAUAUUUCAGGGUUAAUGUUGGAAUAUUAGGAUGAAAAAAAGUCCUAAUUUUAGGGGGAAAAAAAUGAAAAUAUGAGGAUUUAGGUGGAAUAUUACAAGAAAAAAACUCAGAAAAAGGUUGUGAAUUUAUGAGAACAAAUUGAAAAUACUUUUUCCUGCUUUCGUGUGAAUAAACGCAUGAGAUUAUGAAAAAAAAUCUUGAUUUCAGGAGACUGAUCUUUUUAUGACAAUUAAGUGGGAAUAUUACUAGAAAAAAGAUGUCAAUUUAUGAGAACAAAGUCCAAAUAUUGUAACACUUUAUAGGGAAUAUUAUGAGGAAAAUCACAUUUUAUUCUCACGUCUUUUUUUCCACACAUUUGAACAUGAAUAUGAAUAUUGAUGUAAGUUAAAUGUGAAUAAUCUCCUUUCUACACGAGCAGCGGAAGAGGAAUGACAAUGAAGCCGGGAGGAGACGCUCGUAUGAUUAAAAGAAAAAGCGGCGGCAUGUGAACAAUAUGCAAUAUCGAUGAGUCAGCACGUUGAAGGCACUUUGCGUGAUGACAAAGUGGGACACGACAAAGCUCAUGGAUCGACCGUAUUCUGACCCUCUUCCCCUACCGCAGCGCCCCCAUCAGGCCACUUUUGUGAGGCGCACGUCCCCGAAGACCCGCAAGGCGGUGAGGCUGUCCAGCUGGGGAAGACGAUGACUGAAGCCGCACAGAGGCUGGCCGUCCACCAGGAUGCGAAACUGCUGGUGCUCGCAAACGAUCUCCAUCUAAUGACAGGAUGAGGACACUUUAUUAGGAACACCUGCCCUGACACACGUCACAACAUCCCCCGCUGCAACGACAUGUUUUAUGUGAUUCGCAAUAUAUGAAAUAAG